CUAACAGCAACAGUCUACGGGUUUAUCCCCAAAAUUGGAUUUACUUUUACCCUAUCGAUCUUUGAACUCCUAAUUCUUAUAAAGCGUCCCAAAUCUCUUCGCGAAACACACAUACAUAUGUAAUCGGAAGAAAUUCAACAGAGAUGAUAUGAAGAACAACAGCAAUAACAAUAUGGUGUCGGAUAAGACUCGGGCCUUGCCAGUUGAUCCGAAUCUUCCACGGUGGGUCUGCCAGAACUGCCGUCACAGUCUCUCCAUCACCGGCGUUGAUUCUUACCCUGAUAAAUUCUUCAAUGACUCUUCCACUUACCGAUCCGGGAUGCAGGGCUCUUCGAUGCAUGGAGCAGGCAGUGUGUUAGGCACACGAAUGGAUCAAUCAUUUGUUGUAUUGCCAAAACAAAGGAACCAAUCAUCGGGUGUUCCGCCUCGUCCACGUAAUGGAGCCAUGAAUCCUGAUUCAACGCACUCUGGAAAAACCAUGGAAGAUUCAUUCGUGGUAUUACCUCCACCUGCUGCCUCUGUGUACAAAUCCGACCCUGCAGCUGAUGGAGGUGGGGCCCAUGUUCAUUCACAUGAAGGUGGAUCCAAUUCUGCUCCUACACAAUCAAACAACUCUGGUUUCCACUCAACCAUAACUGUCUUGAAACGUGCAUUUGAGAUAGCCACAACACAAACACAGGUUGAACAACCUUUAUGCCUGGAAUGCAUGAGGGUGUUAUCUGAUAAACUUGAUAAAGAGGUUGAAGAAGUGAAUAGCGACAUAAAAUCAUAUGAAGCUUGCCUUCAGCGCUUAGAGGGAGAACCUAGGAAUGUUCUUAGUGAAGCUGACUUUUUAAGGGAGAAACUAAAGAUAGAAGAAGAAGAACGUAAACUUGAAGCAGCAAUUCAAGAAACAGAAAAAGAGUGCACCGAAGUAACUGGUGAAUUGAAGGAACUCGAACUCAAAUCUAAUCGAUUCAAAGAGUUGGAAGAAAGAUAUUGGCACGAGUUCAAUAAUUUCCAAUUUCAGUUGAUAUCUCAUCAGGAAGAGAGAGAUGCAAUAUUGGCAAAAAUUGAAGUUUCACAAGCACAUUUAGAGCUUUUAAAGAGGACUAAUGUUUUGAAUGAUGCGUUUCCAAUUUGGUAUGAUGGAGAAUUUGGAACAAUCAACAAUUUCAGAUUGGGGAGACUUCCUAAAAUUCCGGUUGAGUGGGAUGAGAUAAAUGCUGCAUGGGGACAGGCUUGCCUUUUGCUUCACACAAUGGCUCAAUAUUUUAGACCAAAGUUUCAAUACCGAAUAAAAAUCCUUCCUAUGGGAAGUUACCCUCGAAUAAUGGAUAGCAGCAACAAUACCUAUGAGCUGUUUGGUCCAGUGAAUUUGUUUUGGAGCACACGAUAUGACAAGGCAAUGACAUUGUUCUUGAGCUGUCUUAAAGACUUUGCAGAAUUUGCAAACUCUAAAGAUAAAGAAAACAACAUCCCACCUGAUAAAUGUUUCAAGCUUCCUUACAAGAUUGAGAAUGACAAAGUGGAAAGCUAUUCGAUCACACAGAGCUUUAACAAACCAGAGAAUUGGACAAAAGCUUUGAAGUAUACGCUCUGUAAUUUAAAAUGGGCACUUUACUGGUUUGUUGGUAAUACAAAUUUUCAGCCAUUAUCUCAAUCUGCCCCAACUGCCCCUGCCCCUGCCCAACAUUCUGAUCUUCAUGGUUCUGGUUCUGGUUCGGGCAGUUUGUAUAGAAAGCCCAAGUCACAGCCACCGCUGCCCCUGCCCCCUAAAACAUGAUAUAUUCUGUUUUUUUUUUUUUUUCUUAUAAAAAUAUUUGUAAAUA